AUGCAAGAGCCAAUUGAAGCAUUUUUUUAUGGCAAAGUAUAUGACAAACAAUACCACAUCAGAAGGAGUUGGGGAGGAGGAGACAACAACAACUGUGUUACAAAGAACAAACAAUGGAGACAUUUCCAACGACUUGACAACGGCCAAGAAUGUAGUAACUUCUUGCCUAUGACUAGAUCUCCCUACCAUUUACCACAGAAAAAUAUGAGAGAUAACACUUCUCAGAAAGAUGUAAAAACCAAUAUCACAUUCUCAGUUGUUGGUGAGUUGUCAGCAACGUUUCCAUUUCUAGUAAUAAAUGCAAUGAAUGACAAUGUUAGUGAAGCAAAGACAGAAUAUGCGGUUGUAGACUUCCUAGCCUCGCUUUUAUUUUCGGAUUAUAGUAAAUAA